AUUAUCGUUGGAGAAACUGCAGUGUUUUGUCUACAGUUAGCUACAAAGGAUUUUGAAAACCAAGAAAAAACAAUAUUAACUGGAGACUGUUGUUAUAUAAAUCCACUGGUGCGCAGGACCAUCAGAUUCCUUGGAAUUUACGCAUUUGGACUGUUUGCUACGGACAUCUUUGUAAAUGCUGGACAAGUAGUAACAGGGAAUCUUGCGCCACACUUUCUUGCACUUUGUAAACCCAACUAUACAGCACUUGGAUGUAAACAGUAUACACAAUUCAUCAGUAGCGUACAUGCCUGUACUGGAAAUCCAGACCUCAUCAUGAAAGCCAGAAAGACAUUCCCAUCCAAAGAAGCAGCACUAAGCGUAUAUGCAGCUAUGUAUCUGGCUAUGUAUAUUACCAACACAGUAAAAGCCAGAGGAACAAGGCUUGCAAAACCUGUUCUGUGUUUGGGCUUAAUGUGCUUGGCUUUCCUUACUGGAAUCAACAGAGUAGCAGAGUAUCGAAAUCAUUGGUCAGAUGUAAUAGCAGGAUUUAUAAUCGGAAUAUCUAUAGCAGUAUUUUUGGUUGUUUGUGUGGUAAAUAACUUCAGAGGACGUCAGCCAGAACACGAACAUUCUCAUAUGGAUAAUCUGGCCCAGAUGCCCAUGAUCAGCAUACCCCGAGUAGAAAGCCCUUUAGAAAAGAACCACAUCACGGCCUUUGCAGAAGUCACAUGAUGUUGACGCUGAUGUAUAUUCACUCCAUUGGACUUCAUCUCUUUUCACAGCCCACACGCGAUAAUUGCAGUGUAUCAAAAAUAAGAAAUUUUUAGAAGUCCUAUUUCUGACUUGAUUUUUACAUCAUUAAAAUGAUACCAACGUUUUGAAGAAUUCUUAAAUAUUAGAACGUCACUUUACUUUCUAGCAGAAAUAUUAACUGUUUACUUUUUGAUGGAAUGGGACAAACUGAGCACUAAUUAUAUUUAUCUGACAAUAUCUUCUAUUUUGGCUUCUCAUUGUUUUCAAUGGUUCAUGUACCUAUUCCAACAGUACUUCAUAUUUUGAUUUGACUUUGAUUUUUAAAACCUACGUUUUUAAUUCAGCAUGAACUUGUUUCCAUUUGAGGCGAUUUCAGUGUAUAAAAAGUAGACAAAUAUUACGUUCUGUAUGAAAAUGCUGUUUGCACAUUGUAUUACGCUGUAUUCCAUGUAAGAUAUCAUUCAAACAGUAUGUUAUAUGUAAGACUGGUGCUUCUGCUUUUGAAGAGAAAAAAAUGCCAAUUUUUACUGUAAUAAGUAUUGUAUCAUAAUUAAAAGUUUAUUUAUUUGGAUAUUUUCCUGACAUAAUUGUAGUUGAAUUGUUGUUUUGUAGUUCUUGAAUGUCUUGGAUGAUAUAUAUGUAUCUAAGUUAAAAGAAAUGAAAAUAAUAUAGAAAGUUUGAUCAUCGAUAUAUUCUUUAUUAAUAAUGAUAUUCCAUGAAGGUUAAGGGCUCCAUUCUCAGCUCAGCAUAUCUGAUGGGAAGCUGUGCUAUUCAUAAAUAGUUUA